CCCUCGGCGCUAUGGCUAGCGGUGGCUCUGGCAAGUCCAGCAGCGAGGUGUCUGGCGGCGGCAUCCCCAGCAGCAGUUCCCUGCAGAGGAAGAAGCUCAUCUCUAUCUGCGACCACUGCAAGAUCAAGAUGCAACUGGUGGCUGAUCUGCUGCUGCUGUCGAGCGAGACCAGGCCGGUGAACACGGAGAGCCUGUCUGUCUUCGGUGAGUCCUUUGAGAAGUGCAGGGACACGAUCAUUGCCAGGACCAAAGGACUUUCCAUCUUGACCCACGACGUCCAGAGCCAGCUCAACAUGGGACGCUUCGGGGAGGUGGGGGAAAGCCUGAUGGAGAUGGGGGAGCUGGUGGUCUCCCUGACUGAAUGCUCUGCCCAUGCUGCCUACCUGGCUGCAGUGGAGACUCCGGGAGCCCAGCCUGCUAUGCCUGGCUUGGUGGAUCGCUACAAGGUGACCCGAUGCAGGCAUGAGGUGGAGCAUGGCUGUGGGGUCUUAAAGACCACCCCUUUGGCUGAUAUGAGCCCUCAACUCCUGUUGGAGGUUUCCCAGAACAUGUCCAAGAACUUGAAAUUCCUGACAGAUGCUUGUGUGCUGGCCAGUGAAAAAUCCAAGGACAAAUUUGCUAAGGAGCAGUUCAAACUCAGUGUCAAAUGCAUGAGCACCAGCGCCUCAGCCCUCUUGGCAUGUGUCAAGGAGGUCAAGACUUCACCCAGCGAGCUGACCAGGAACCGCUGCGUCCUGUUCAGUGGACCUUUGGUGCAGUCUGUCUACGCUCUGGUGGGCUUUGCCACUGAGCCCCAGUUUUUGGGUAAAGCUGCCACCAUUAAUCCAGAGGGCAAAGCUGUGCAAACUGCCAUCCUAGGAGGAGCCAUGAGUGUGGUAUCUGCUUGUGUGCUCUUGACCCAAUGCCUCAGGGAUAUCGCCCAACACCCCGAAAGUAGCACCAAAAUGAGUGAUUACAGGGAAAGGUUGAGGAAUUCGGCUUGCGCCGUCUCGGAUGGCUGCAACCUGCUAUCUCAGGCACUAAGAGAAAGGUCUUCACCCAGGACUUUACCGCCAGUCAACUCCAAUUCUGUGAAUUAAUCCCCCACAUCUUCUGUUUAAAUCCCAGUCAUUGCUAAAGGAAAAUAAUAUCCCACCUCCUCACCCCCUUUUGUAUACCAAAGAAGUUGCUUGGAUGAGCCCAGUCCUUUGAUUCUGUGUGGUGGAGGAGCAGAACCUCUUCAGACUUGAUGUACUAACAGGGGUAGCCAGUUGGGGCUGCUUUUGUGUUUAAUGCCAAGCAAGUAUCUGCAGAUAAAUUUGUCCUUGUUCAGCAAGGUCUUCACACAAGUGGUAAUAACAGCUGAUGAAGAGUUUUUAUAUUUGGGGAGGUGGGGAUACCUUAAAGAAAAAACCACAAAGCUUUAAUCGCGCUGGGUGCGGUUCGUAAAGUUUGUCUUCCGAGAUUGCCCCUCUAAAUGUCACUGUUUGGUUGCGCAGGAAAAAGGUUACCUCAACUCUCGCUUUAAAACGUGACAAAACCCAACACCACCUGGAGGACGGAUGUAGCUUCGAUUUAGUUUGGUUUUGUCCAACUCUUUGUUUUGCAUCAAGUGUUAGGUCAGGAGUGCUUUGGGUGUGUAGGAGUGGCAGGGCUGGAGGUUGUGGUUAAGUUUGCCAUGUGUCGAUUUCCAAACUGGGGGAAAAGCUACUGUGAGUAAACAAACAAGAAAUUACACUAUAACAAAACUGAUUUUCCAUUUUUUCCCAAUGUCAGUUUUUAUCUUGCAUGUACUGGAGUAUUUAUUUCAUCUAUUAAAAUGUUAUGUUUCUCAGA